AUGAAGUACACUUCCGUGGACGACUUCAUCAAAAAGUGCGUGGAGAGGCGCGAUGCAUAUCAGCCCGAGUUUGUGCAGGCGGUCCGUGAGGUGAUGACCUCACUCUGGCCCUUCCUGGAGGGGCACCCAGAGUACUGUGCGGACUCGCUCCUGGAGCGCCUGGUGGAGCCGGAGCGCGUCAUCCAGUUCCGAGUGUCGUGGGUGGAUGACAAGGGGGAGGUGCAGGUGAACCGGGCGUGGCGUGUGCAGUUCAACUCCUGCAUCGGCCCGUACAAGGGCGGCAUGCGGUUCCACCCCUCCGUGAACCUGUCGAUUCUCAAGUUUCUUGGAUUUGAGCAGACCUUCAAAAACGCUCUGACGACGCUCCCCAUGGGCGGCGGCAAAGGUGGUUCGGACUUUGACCCCAAGGGGAAGAGCGACCGUGAGGUGAUGCGGUUUUGCCAGGCCCUGGUGACGGAGCUGCACCGCCACAUCGGCGCCGACACGGAUGUUCCAGCCGGCGACAUCGGCGUCGGUGGUCGCGAGGUUGGCUACAUGACAGGCAUGACACAGAAGUUGACGAACUGCAAGGCCUGCACAUUUACAGGUAAAGGCGUUGCGUUCCAAGGAAGCCUGAUGCGCCCCGAGGCCACGGGCUACGGCGUUGUCUACUUCCUGGAGGCCAUGCUGAAGAGGCACCAGCAGGAACUGAAGGGGAAGACGGUGCUUGUGUCUGGGGCUGGCAACGUGGCGCUGCACGCCGUGGAGAAGUGCCUCCAGCUGGGGGCGAAGGUGAUCAGCGUCUCGGACUCACGGGGCUGCGUGCACGACGCGGCGGGCUUCACGCCGGCGAAGCUGAAGGUCCUGAUGGACAUCAAGGAGAAGAAGCACGGGACGGUGGAGGAGUACGCAAAGCAGGUGGGCGCUGCGUACCACGCAGGGAAACGUCCGUGGCACCUGAAGGCGGAUAUUGCGCUGCCGUGCGCGACGCAGAACGAGCUGGAGCUUGAGGAUGCAAGGAACCUGAUCAGGAACGGCGUCAGCGCCGUUGCGGAGGGCGCGAACAUGCCGACGACGAUGGAGGCGACCACGGAGUUCAUCAAUGCCGGCGUCCUGUUCGCCCCCGGGAAGGCUUCCAACGCCGGUGGGGUUGCCGUCUCUGGCCUAGAGAUGACGCAGGACGCCAUGCGCCUGGGAUGGACCGCGGAGGAGGUGGACAAAAAACUCCACGAUAUCAUGAACUCCAUCCAUGACGCGUGCGUGAAGUACGGCACUGAGGGCAACACGACGAAUUACGUGAAUGGGGCCAACAUCGCCGGCUUCGUCAAGGUUGCGGAGGCGAUGAAGGGCCUUGGCGUUGUUUGA